UGACACGUUUAUGUUUUAUUCUUGAAAAUGAACUUUUAAAGUUCGAAACGUUGAAAUAUUUCGUUUUAAUUUAAUUAUAUGUAUUUCAAUAAAAUGGAAACUACUGCUGUUACUUUAUUAUGCGUACCAUCAUUUUUUUUCUUUCUUUUGUUGUGGAUUUUAUCGUUAUAUUUUCUAUCGGUAAAAAGACUUCUAUAAAUUUGAUUUGCACGGAGCCUUAAGCAAUCGAGUGCCCUGUAUCAAACUAAGCGAAAAAAAACGGUAGGAAAAAUGUCUUUGGUUCUCGUGAAAUUGCUCCAAAAAGUAUUCCACAUUUCGAGUAUUCCACUGACGUACUUUCUGAAAUUUUUAAAAAUCUAAGUAGGUCAGAAAAUUGAAAUAAAAAUACUUCUAAGCUUUAAAUUUGAAUUUUUGAUUUAAAAAUUUCAAUUUCGUUCGUUUUAAAGUUGAUAUUCCGUAAUCAACGCAAAAAAACUACGUCUAGUAAGGUGCUUUUAAGGCUGAUUUGAGAGAAAAAAUAUCGCUCAACUGAGCAUGACGGCGUUUUAGCCGUUUAUCAAAUCCUUGACACUGUCUUUUAUUUCAAUUUCUUCUUAGACGAGAUGAUGGCGUAAAUGUAUGUUUUCUUUUUAUUCAGGUGACACUGAAGAAGUCGAAUUAGAGUUUUAUUUAACAACUCCAUUUGCAUCUGGUGCCGCAUUUGCUGAUAGUGUACUCGAUUGUAUAUUAAGUUGUGCUUAUUACAAUGAUAAUGCUGUUAAUUUACUAAGAAAUAUAUUAACAGGUGGUUUAGAUUUACAAUUAGAAGAAAUAUUAGCAGAAGGUGGUGGAUUUACACAAUGUGAAUCAUCUGAUAUUUUAAAGAAACGAAAUCGUGCAAGAGUGGCUAUUUUAGAGAUUCGAGAUCUUAUACCCGACAUUGAUACAAGACAACAUCCAGUAACAUUUAGUACACUAUUUUGUGAAUCAAUUCAACGUUAUAAUAUUAUUUGUAUGGGUAUUUAUACAUUAAUGGAUGUUUUACUCCGAAAAGAACCAAAUAUGAAUUCUACAAAUAAAAAACAUCAAGAACAAAUUCAUUAUACUGGACAUAAACGAAUUGUUAUUUGCUAUCCUCCAUAUAAUUAUCAUAUUGAUCCAUCCGAUAUGAUUUAUGUGAUGCAACAUUCACAUCCUAUUGAUUCAUAUUCUCGAACGAAUUCAUGGAAAAAAAAAAAUCUUCCAUCGUUACAUAUGGCAAAUUAUCAGCACCGUUACGUUGCAGAAGAGAUCGAUUAUCUCAAGCCAUUUUUAGCGUUAAGCAGUGUAGUUUUAGAUAUGUCUGUCAGCCUUUCUGAUGAUGAAAACAAUGAUAUCGAAGAUUGUCAAACAUUUCAACGUGUAAUUCGCCAUAUUUCAACGUUACAACCUCGAGUACCUGUGCUACUACUUCGUCAUCCUCCUGUGAAAACAAGUGCUGAAGCAGCAAGUUUAAGACAAGUUUCAUUAGCAAGUGGAGCAAAAGCGAUGCUUAUGUUUGAUAAAGGAUCCAAUUCUUACUUUUUAAUUGUAUUGCCAGCGAAUUUAUCUGUUGAUAUGAAAAAAUUAGCAACGGUCAUUGGAUCACCAAGAUCAAAUAUUCGAAUGGCAAACGAAAACGAUGUCAAAAAAAUUACAGGAUGUAAACCAGGUGCUGUACCACCAUUUGGUAAUUGCUUUCUUGUAAAAGUCGAAACAUUAAUUGAUGAAAAAAUGAAAAUAUCUGCAUCAUCACCACCACCGCAACCAUUACAAGAUUCAGUGAAGUUAUUUUCAACUAAAAAUGAUUCUGAAUGGCCAGUUGAUAUUACCGAAUUGGAUUCUCUCAGUCAGACUGAAAAUGAAAAUUUUAUUAAUUUUAAUAUUGGAUUAAGAACAGUAUCUUGUUGUCUACAGUAUAAUGAUUAUUUAAGAGUUAUUGGAAACGAUAAUUAUCGAAUAGUUGAUGUUUCCAAAUGA